AUGAGUUGUACGAAACGUUCGUUUAGCAUGUUCCCAUUUUGUUUUCUGUUUCUUGCACUGCCGUUGUCGUGGUCGUCACUUCUGCGUGAUGUGGAGCUACAACACCACGUCCUGACGACCAUCCGUCAGUCGUCACUGCUGGAUUGUUCUGCGGCCUGUCUCACUGACAUGUGCUGUGUGUCUUUUAACUUCUUUCAACCCACUCUGGAGUGUCAGCUCAACACCAAAACUAAAGAUCAAAGUCCAAACGACUUCGUCCAAACGAAGGGAUCAUUUUACAGAAGCAAGGACACUAUACCAGUAAUCCAGUUCUGUGGCGAUGUAUCAUGCACUGGUGUGUACACCCUAAGAGCGCCGUGGGUUGCCAGUGUGCCCGUGUUUUGCGACACGACAUCUGUGAACGGCGGCUGGCUGUUGUUUCAAAGAAGAAUGGACGGAUCCGAAGAUUUCUACAGAACUUGGAACGAAUACAAAGACGGGUUUGGUGACGUAAACAGAGAAUUCUGGCUUGGAAACGAGAUAAUCCACCAGAUAACGAGUCGGGCGGUUUACGAACUGCGGAUUGAGUUGGAGGAUUUUGAAGGCAACACGCGCUAUGCGAUGUACUCUACGUUUUCAUUGGGUAGCGAGGCGGAGAACUACACUCUUCACGUUGGCUCGUACACCGGUGAUGCAGGCGAUUCGUUGAUUUAUCACAGUGGACUACCAUUCAGUUCAAGGGACAAGGACUUGGAUAAGUUGCCUACAAACUGCGCUGAAACAUACCAUGGGGCCUGGUGGUAUAACAAUUGUCUUGCGUCCAACCUAAACGGUCUGUACCUUCGCGGACCUUCAGAGACAUUUGACUAUGGCGUACUGUGGCUUUCUUGGAAGGGAUUUUACUACUCUUUGAAAACAACUGAGAUGAAAAUGAGAAAGAUGUUUUGAAAACAAUUGUAUUAAAAAAAGAGAUAUUUGUUUGGCUGGAGUAGUAUAUAUGUUGUGGAUAUACUACUACUAUUACUACUCUUAGAAAAGAACGUAGAUCAAAAUAAGAAAGAUUCAUAGAAUCAAAAUUUAGAAAAGAAAAAAAAAGGUUUUUGAGAUUGAUGUGUUUCGCUCUGGUAGUAUGGAUAUAAUGCUACUAUUCUUUGUAAAGAACCGAUAUUAAAAUAAGAAAGAUUUAUUUUAAAAAAAACAAUUGUAGUAAAAAAGGUCUUUGAGAUUUGUUUCAAUGGAGUACUAUGUAUGUUUUGGAUAUAAUACUACUACUCUUUGAAAAAACCCACCAAAAAAAACCUGGAUGAAAAUAAUAAGGAUUCAUUGAAACAGUUGCAUUUAAAAAGUUCUCCUUGAGAUUUGUUUCGCUGGUGUAGUAUUGCUGAUUUAGAUAUAAUACUACUACACUGUGCAAAGAGCCGAGAUCAAAAUAAAGAUUUAUUGAGAAAAAAAAGGUAUUAAUUUGUUUCAUCUUUAAUAAAUAAAUGAAAAUGUCUUUCUUUUACUGGAGUAGUAUGUAUGUCUUAGAUAUACUACUACUACUCUUUGAAAAGAACCAAGAUGAAAUUGAGAAAAAUUAAUUUUAAUUUUUUUUAUUAAAAGACUUCGAGAUUUGUUUUGCUGGAGUAGUAUGCGUUUUUCCGAUAUACUACUACUCUUUGAAAAGAACCGACCUCC